AGAGUUCACUUCCCCUUGAGCUGUUGGAAGAAUAGAGAGCAAACCCCACGUCGAACUAUACCUACCUCGUCAAGACAUUCCAAUAGAAGUUGUUAAAACUCAGAAUAAAAACUCUUAAAAACAAUCCAGUGUGGAGCCCUGGACCUGUGAGAGUGCAGCCGGAGAGAACUGACGUGUCACUCACGAAGAAAACGCAUCGGUCAGGUUUUUUUUGUUGGACCCUUUGAACCUUUGAUCUACCUGGAUGUUGGAGCCUGGAUCGAGACAUUGAUGGCGAGCCACAGCCCAGAGGAGAACUAGAGAUACGGCGCCUGCAGAUUUCAACACUUCAUUACACACACACGCACCCACCACCAACUGUGCGGUAGGACAAACUCUCUCCACUUCCACAGUGGACCAAACUGAACUGAAACUGAAACAGAAUUGAAGUGACUGAGAACGGGGGGAAAUUCCGAACUUUAAAUCACAGCUUUUCCAUGCUGCUUAUGUCGAGAAAGAGGAAGUGAGAGGGAGGCACGGAACGCCCCACACGGUGCUGAACGCCCCACAGCAGCAUGAGAAGGGGAAGUGUGAACAACAGCAAAGUUCACAUUUAACACUGAAAAACAAAGACGAGCAGGUUAUUCUCCCAGAGCAGGUCAGAUCUGAAGUGUCCCAGGAUGGCUCAAGGCUGCCUCAAGUGUUUGAAGUACACCAUGUGUUUCGCCAACUUCCUCAUUUUUAUGUCUGGCGUGGCGGUGCUGGGCUUCGGUGUGUACAUGACGGUGAAUUUCAAGAUGACCGCACUCACCCCGACCUUGGCCAGCUUCAACUUAGCCAACAUGCUGCUGGUAAGCGGCAUCAUCGUCACCUGCGUGUCCUUCCUGGGCUUCUUGGGUGCUCUGAAGGAGAACCGCUGUAUCCUUCUGACGUUCUUCCUGCUGCUGUUCAUCCUAAUGCUGGUGGAGCUGACUGCAGCAUGCCUGCUACUCAUGUAUGAGGGAGAGAUUGGUGCAAUGGUGAAAGAGGAUCUCACCAAGGGUUUGGAAAAGGCAAAAGGGUCAAACUCAACGAGUGAUUGGGAUAUGGUUCAGAAGACGCUUGAUUGCUGUGGAGUCAAUAAUGUGACAGACUGGGGAUCCGUCGUGCCUGCUACUUGCUGCUUGGAUUGUGACGCCACACCACCUACCUACAGAACAAAGGGUUGUUUGGUAAAGUUGAAGAACUGGUUUGAGGAGAACUUCCUAACCAUCGGGAUAUCUGUCAUUGUCCUCUGCAUCAUCGAGGUCUUGGGAAUGUGUUUCGCCAUGACGCUCUUCUGCCACAUUAGCAGAUCUGGCCUGGGCUACAAGUUGUAGACAGUACUAUAUGUCGAACAAUGUCUUUAUCUACAUAUUUCAUAGUUGAUUUGUUGUACAGUUUUCAGUUUUUACAAGGCAAGAAUGGAAUGAAAAGGAUGUUUCUGGAAAAACAUUUAAGAUAAAAAAAUUUGGUGAAGUCUAAAUCACACACACACAAAAAUGUUUCAGACAUGGCCUUCUAUAAUUUUGAGCGAACAAGCUAUGUCAAAUGCUAUUUCAGUCUGGGCUGUGUGGCAUAAAAGCCACUUGUUGCCGGGUUCCGCUCAACUUUUCUACGUUGUACAUCUUUUGAAGGGAAUAAAUACGAAAAUCUAUUUUCAUGUACAAUAUUACAUAUCUACAGUAUCUUUUUUUCCCCACAAACUUAACUUUUGGGAAGUCCUGAUACACCAAUAAAGUAUUGUUUACAGUA